ACUUGCAAGUUUAUAUUUGAAACUAUUUACUGCAAAACACACACUGCAGCGUGUUUGUGCGUGAAAAAUUGUACGGAUUAGCUAUGGAGGUUGGCGCGCACAACAGCCCUCGCACUGUGGAAGAGGUCUUCCGAGAUUUCAAGGGUAGGCGUAUUGGCUUGAUCAAAGCUCUCACCACCGAUGUUGAAGAAUUUUUUCAACGCUGCGAUCCUGAGAAGGAGAAUCUAUGCCUUUAUGGAUUUCCUACCGAGCAGUGGGAAGUUAAUCUACCUGCUGAGGAGGUGCCUCCGGAGCUACCAGAGCCUGCUUUAGGUAUAAACUUUGCCAGAGAUGGCAUGCAAGAGAAAGACUGGUUGGCUCUAGUUGCUGUCCACAGCGAUGCAUGGCUACUUUCUGUUGCUUUCUAUUUUGGUGCAAGAUUUGGUUUUGACAAAGCUGACAGGAAACGCCUAUUCAAUAUGAUAAACGAUCUUCCUACAAUUUUUGAGGUUGUGACUGGGGCUUCAAAGAUGCAGUUCAAAGAUAAAUUGGGUGCCACAACUCACAGUGGAAACAAAUCUAAGCCAAACUUAAAAAUGGAAAAAAUGUCCAAGCCCCCAUCAAAGGAUGAGAGUGAGGGAUUAGACGAAGAGGAGGAGGAUGAGGAGGAGGAGCAUGGUGAUACGUUGUGUGGAGCAUGUGGAGAAAACUACGCACAGGACGAGUUCUGGAUCUGCUGUGACAUAUGUGAGAGAUGGUUCCAUGGGAAAUGCGUGAAGAUAACGCCUGCUAGGGCCGAGCACAUCAAGCAAUACAAAUGCCCGACGUGCUCUAAUAAAAGAGCACGGCCUUGAGGAGUUAUAAUCGUGGCUGCUGCUAACCAUCUAGUUGUCUGAAGAAGGAAGAAGAUAUGUCUGAGCACUCUAUUUAAUAGUCAGUCGUAUUUGUGAUGAUAGUUAGCUACUGUUUAUUUAGAUGCAAUAGGUCGGUGUAGAGGGUUUGUAAAAGCUUAAAACAUCUGCACUCCGCUGUCAUUAACUUUUUAUUUAUCCAAUUCACUUUUCUUGCA